AUUAAAAUCUUGAAUAACCAUAAAAUAGGGAACACUAAAAUUAAAAAAAUGAUUAGUGGCAAAAGGCGACAGAUUCUAUUGAAAUGAAAACCCAAAAAUUGGGCGCCAGUUUUUACAUUCUUGAGAACAUCAAAAGGCUAUCUAACUUAAUCUAUAAAUAAGGGGCUGCUGUACAGAAAUUUCCAACCUUCAAAAUACAAAAAUCACCAACAGUGGUGAGCAAAAAUCUAAGCAACCAAGAGAGGAAUCGGAUUGUGCAAUAUUUACUCCAAAAUCUGAAAAACGGCAAGCCACGGAAAGGAGCCAUGAAGGAGACUGUCUCCAUCUUCAAAUCUUCGAAACGGACGGUGACUCGUCUGUGGGCUACAGCCAAGAAACAGCAAGAUAAAGGUGAGCAAAUCUAUUUAACAAGUGCAAAACCUAAUGCACCUAGAAGAAAAAGAGUUCAUGUAGACAUAGAGCUCAUUCAAAGCUUAGAGCUACACAAACGUUCAACAAUACGCAGGCUGGCCGUGAGAAUUAAUCGCAGUAAAAGCACAGUUUGGCGUUGGGUGAAUCAGGGGCUGAUCAGAGCCCACACAAGCGCUAUUAAGCCUAAUUUGACAGCGCCUAAUAAAUUGCUUCGACUACAGUUUUCACUAGAAGCAUUGGUGUUUGAUCGAAUCAUGAUGGCUUUAAAGUUUAAGGCUAUGAACAACACAGUGCACGUUGACGAGAAAUGGUUCUAUAUAACAAAGGCUGCACACAGGUUUUACCUAACACCCGGUGAAGGAGAUCCUCACCGCACAUGCAAGAGUAAAAGCUUCAUUGAAAAGGUUAUGUUUUUAUGUGCUGUUUGCAGACCACUUUUUUCAGAUGAUGGUGAGGUUCUUUUUGAUGGGAAGAUUGGUAUCUUCCCAUUCAUACAAAAGGUACCAGCUCAAAGGAACAGUAAAAACAGGCCUUCGGGGACUUUAGAGACGAAGCCAAUUCAGUCCGUAACAAAAGAAGUCAUGAGAGACAGUUUCAUUAACAAGGAAACUUCUCACCAAAUUGAAGAAGUCAGGAAGCAAGGUCCUCAUCAUAAUCAUGGAAGAGAUUGUCGGCUUUGUAACCGGCGUCGGCUCUGUUUCUUGGACUGCCGUCCACCCUUCCGUCUCAGGUUCGGCACCGAAUUCCACGUCUGACCAAGGAGACAGUGUAUCAGCGACCACCAUCCUAUAGAGAUCUUCCGUCUCAAGCCCUUCGAGCAGGGCUUCCUCAAAAAAGGGCUCCGUCAAGGGGGGAACCAAAUAAUGGCUCAGAGGUUUGACAGAGAUCGGAGAGGCCGGAGUAUCGAAGGAGGGCACCGGAUCUGUGGAAUCCGCGGGCACAGAGAGCAAAGCCCCUUGGAUUAGGGUUUCCUGGGAAGAAUUAACCGGUGAUCGGGGGAAAAGAACACCGGUAAUAGAGGCGACAUAUACCGGAGAUGCCAGAGUCUCGGAGAAGGGCACCGGAUCUGUGGAAUCGGCGUCAGCCGAGAACAAAGCCCCUUCGAUUAGGGUUUCCUGGGAGGAGGGCCGAGGGGAUAGAACUCCGCUCAGAGAGGGCCGAGACACCGGAGAUGCCGGCGACACGGAUGAGCUAUGCUCCUUCAUCACGGCGGAUGUCAGAUCGAUGGAAUCAGCGGCGGACGGUGGCGAAAGGGGGUUGCAGGCCUCGUGAAAUAGAGAAGGCUUCAAUUCCGACACCACAUCGAGGAUGAGUGGUGUGAAAUCGCAGGGCACGGUUUCAAACCUCCACGGCGAACGGCCGGAGACUCGUUUGGAUUUCAUAGUGAGAGUAGCGGACGAGAGAAAGAAACUCAGCGGCGGAUGAGAGAGAGAGAGUGUGAGGUGAAAUGAUUUUCUAGGGUUAGGUAGGAAUAAGGAAAUUGUAGGAUUAUUUUAAGAAUAGAUUAACAGCUUGAUUAAUUGCU